AUGGCCGACAAGAAAGCAAGCGCCUACGGCGCGCCUGCAGGCGACACCGACUUCCGCAAGACCUACGACCUAGACGAAUACGCAGCCAAAGCCAAAGACCGCGAGGCCAAAGAAAAAGAAGAAGCCAAAGCCCGGUACGAGGCUAAGCUCGCGGGCAAGAAAUACUACAAGCCCCUGACGGGGGACGAGACCCUCACGCAGGCGCGGCGCAACGUCCUGGACCUCAGCGCGCAGGUCGGCAAGACGCAGCUCGUGCCCGCGGGCGCGGGUGUGGGCAAGAGAGGCCGCGGCGCGGGAUUCUACUGCGAGCCGUGUGAUCUCACGUUCAAGGACAACAAGCAGUUUGUGGAGCACUUGAACACGCCGCAGCACUUGGCCAACACGGGGCAGAAGACCGAGGUCAAGAGGGCGAGUGCGGAGGAGGUGAGGGAGAGGAUUGAAUGGCAUUGGCAGAGGAAGCUGGAUCUGGAAAAGGAGAAGGCGACGAGUUUGCAGGAUAGGCUUGCGCUACGUGAGGAGGAGAAUGCCAAGGAGGCGGAGGAGAGGAGGAAGAAGAGGAAAGACGCGGAUGAAAGGAGAAAGACCGAGAAAGAGGCGGCGGAGAAGGUUAAGAUGGAAUAUGGAGAUGAUGUGAGGAUUGAGGGCGAGCAUGAUGAGGAUGAUAUGAUGGCUGCGAUGGGGAUUACGGGGACGCGAGAAAUGAUACCCUUGUUUGGCAACACGAUGGGAAGAAAGAUCCCAAGCUUCGAAGAGUCACCAUGGACGUUUCUAUCGGUCUGUCUCGGUGAGAUAGCUGACCGAAGCCCCUCAGAUACCGGCACCUCGAACCCCUGCAGCUCGGGUAACCCCACCUUCGCAUUGGCUCCGAUUUCGACAACCAGCCCGCGGUCGGGUCCGUUUGCCGCCAUCAGCAACCUCUCCACGCUGGAUAUUUCCAGCACUGGAGCAAACGACAAAAUCUCGAGCCAACAAAGCCGGCAUCUGAACGACUGCCUUCUUUUCUCUUCAAUUUACCUUUCCCUCAAUUAUUCGUUCGUGACGUCUCCAAGCGCAAACAACUCGAGACUCGGUUUUGGUGUCACCGUCGAUCGACCCUUGCCGCCCGACACAUACACACGGACCUAUACACAGACAGCUACAACGAUUCGCAGAUCAGGACCUUGCGACACCAUGGCAUCGUCCUCUGCAGCUGCGGCGUCGCUGCUGGGUCGGCAGCUCAAGGAGAUGCAAACGGGAAAGGACAUCCCCGGUAUCUCGUGCGGUCUGGUUAAUGACAACAGCAUCUUUGAGUGGGAGGUGAUGCUCAUGAUCAGCGACGACUGCAAGUAUUAUGGAGGAGGCAACUUCCGCGCCAGACUCACCUUCCCGGCAAACUACCCCCUUAUGCCGCCCUCUCUCACCUUCCAGACGCCCAUCCCCUUCCACCCAAACAUCUACCCGGACGGCCGGCUCUGCAUCUCCAUCCUCCACCCGCCCGAGGAGGACCAGUACGGCUACGAGGCGGCCUCGGAGCGGUGGAGCCCCGUUCAGAGCCCUGAGACGAUUCUGCUGAGCACCAUCAGCCUCUUCCACGGACCUAACGACGAAUCGCCCGCCAACGUCGAGGCCGCACGCAUGUUUCGCGAGGAGCGCGAGGGCAAGAAUAAGGACUUUCGGAGACGGUACAUUGAGAUUUGGGGUUGGUGGGAGCCAUUGGGAUGGCUAGGAUGGAGAGUAGAUGUGAUCCAUGUUGCGACCGGCUGGUUGGGUGAUUAUCACGAGGCAUUAACGAGAGAAUGGCGAAAUCUUGACGAGCGUCCUGCAUCAUGGAGUUUGGAGAUAUCUACAGCAUUGAAGCAGGCUGGGUUGGCAUUCAAAUUGACGCCUUUUGAAUUCUCAAAGGAGUACUUUGAAGUUUGCAUAUUCUCUCAGGUUUCUUGGGGGCCUCAGCCAGUCCCUGUCGAUGCCUUCACUCUCUCAGCCUCGAGGCCUUUCAUUUCUAAUCCUCUCCUUCCAACAUCACCUCCCUCUCUAAGGAGUAUGUUCUCCGUUGCCUCUGGCAUCUGUUUUACAGACUACGACAAAACACGCCUUCAGCCUCUCCCGUCUCCAAUCCCCAGCAUCUUCAACGCUUACCCAUUUUCCACAGCUAAGCCCCUCCCAUCGCGUCCGCUAGCAGGACUUACGCAGGGGGCGGUCGUUGAAAAGCCCUCCUUUAUGGCAGACGCCACAGUUGCCUACAGGAGAUCAGGCAUUAAGGUUGGAGAAGGAAGCUCCAAGCUGCGGUUCUGGGGUCGAAUUGAAAGUAAGGAUUGGUACUUUGAGGCCAGUGCCCCGAGUUCAAGUGACAAGUUCGAUUUUGCCACGACGCCAACGACGAGAAAGACACGAAUCGGACACCCGCUAGUCAUUGGUUCUGAAUUCGGCGGCGCCGACAUACCAAGCAGGCAGGAAACUUCCGCGGCUGAACAUCCAUGUCUCACACAAACACAAAAGCCGUUCUUGUCCAUGUCGUGUUUUCCUGCUCCGCACUCUGCCCUGCCACCAGCCUACACCCCUUGGCCAUUCAAGCUAAUAGGCAACUAUGGCUCAAUUAUUGGCCAGCAUUGGCCAGCACCGUUGGGCGGGACCAGGCCUAGCCAAGUCCACGCUCACGCCAUCCCACUGACUGCUAAGAAGCCAAGAAUCUCAGUGGUCAUGAUGAGGGUUCUUCUCCGUGUCCACACCGAACUAAACUCGGUUCCAGUCGUAAGAUCAACCCCCAUGCGUUUUGAUAACCAGUCACGACACGUCAUUGUUGGAGCCGCAAUUCUUGAGAUAGAGUUUGCGCCAGAACAAGACACCUUCCCCCCGUUCAACUGCCGUAUCUGUCGUACGGCCUACUUGCUUCGUGACAUCGACAUGCUCUGGAGACGGUUACAAGCCCCAGGCAACCACAUUGGAACACGAUCAUGCCAAUGUCUGGCUGUCUGCGCCAUCAAGGAAGAGAUGCUGGAGGCUUGUUGCCCUGUAUGGAGGAUACAAGCCAACCCAUACUCAAUGAGAUGGCGUUACAUAGUCAGAGCAGAAGCACUCCCCUUCCACAGACCCAACUAUCGCAACGGUCGUAGCGACAGCACUGAGACCUUCGGACUCUCGCGUUCAGAAAUCUUCCUAUCCCCAAUCCAACCUCCAUAUAUAUCCACUGAAAGUAUGACGGAUCCGAUUACAGUCGCGGCCAUCGGCGCAGCGGCUACGGUUGCUGUAUGCCUUAUUACGACAGCCGCCCCCGAGAUCAAACAGGCCCUUCGAUGCCGUAGGACCGGACGGCUGUUUCGCAAGCUCAACAAGGCCCUGCAAUGUCCAGAAAAGAACUAUUGUGACAUUACUCGUUUCAUUGAAAAGAUAUACGACAGACAGCGCCGAGGAAAUUCUCUGACUGCAUUUGAACAGGCGGAACUGGCUCGUGCUGAACAAAUUUGGUCUACUCUGUGA